AUGGGUGUUUUCAUUCCUCAUUCUAAGUUAAAAAAUUUGAAGGACUAUAGCUAUCAAAGUGAAGAUCGUUCAUUGAUAUCUAAAUAUGUGUUGAAGCCAUUUUGGGCAAAGUUUGUCAACAUAUUUCCGUUAUGGAUGGCACCGAAUGCAGUUACGUUAACAGGGUUCGGAUUUAUAAUUGUUAACGUUCUAACGGCUUUGUAUUUCAAUCCAAAUUUAGAUACGGAGUCGCCUCGUUGGACGUACUUCUCAUAUGCGAUAGGUUUGUUUCUUUAUCAAACAUUUGAUGCGUGUGAUGGUGCCCAUGCACGUCGAACCUCACAGUCUGGCCCCUUGGGUGAAUUAUUCGAUCAUUCCAUUGAUUCCUUGAAUACGACUUUAUCCAUAUUAGUUUUCUGUGCUGUGGUAAACUGUGGGUACACGUUUUUGACCCUUUUGAUUCAAUUUGCGUUGUUGUGUAACUUCUAUUUGAGUACCUGGGAAGAGUAUCACACGCAUAAACUAUUUUUGAGUGAAUUCAGUGGGCCAGUCGAGGGUAUUCUUCUAAUAGUGUUAAGUUUCAUUCUUACCGGUAUUUAUGGUCCACAGAAGAUAUGGCAUACUAGGAUAACGGAGCUGAACUUUGUUGGUUACUCCUAUGAGGUCGAAUCACAGCAUGUGGUUUAUGGAUUAUGUGGGUUGGGUCUGAUUUUCAACAUUUUAUCCGCCAGAAGGAAUGUUGUGAAAUAUUAUCACCAAAAAUAUGGUGCUUCUGCAUCAACUACCAAGCAAGUUGUGGAUGCAACAUGGCAAUUGGUACCGUUCUUCGCUUUCUUCGCCUCGUUAUUUAUUACCGGAGUUUUGGAACCGUCCUUCAUCUCUUUGCCAACCGUUUUAUCAUCCGGCUUAACUGUUGCCUUCACUGUGGGUAGAAUUAUAGUGGCACAUUUGACUAUCCAGCAGUACCCAAUGAACAACAUUCCGAUGUAUAUCCCUACAGUCUCAUUUAUGCUCAAGUUUUUAUUCGUGAAUCUGCUAGGCUAUCAACUGGAUCAAUGCCUAUUUGCAUUGAGCUGGUUGGGUUUCGGUUUAAGUCUUGGUAUCCAUGCAAUGUUUAUUAUGGAGGUUAUUUACGAAUUCACCAAUUACUUGGAUAUAUAUGUGUUGUCCAUUAAACAUCCAAAGAUAGCCUGA